CCGAGCGGAAGCCGCGGCAGCCCGCCCGGCUGCAGCCUCCUCGCGCCGUGGGCGGCCUCGCGGCCGGGGCGGGACGCGGAGGGCGCCGCGUUCUCCCGUCCCCGCAGCCGCUCGCACGGGCGGCGCCUUCGCCUCCCUCCCGCCGGACGAGGUGCUAUAAUUUCAAGAAAUGCUGUGACUUAUUGAAGAACAUAAUUUACAGAAACUCUUGUUUUGUGAUAAUUUUUUAAAACUAAAAUGGCUUUGAAAAAAACACCUAAACUAUUCAAGAAAUUAUUUUUUCACUGGAAACUUUGGAAGUUUAGCAUUAUUGUGUUUGUCUUUCUGAUAUUUUUAUUUUUAUUACAAAGAGAAGUGGGUAUUCAAGACUUUAAAGAUGAGGGGAUUGAGCCAGUUGUUGGAAAGAAAAGUCAUGUAUUAGGUCUUGUGUUAAAUGCUAUGAACAAUAUCAAAGGUGCGAAGCCAAAAAUGCAGAUAAAAGCACCUGUUAGACAAACCAAGAUUCCUGGAGAGAGACACUGUUUGCCAGGACACUAUACUGCAGUGGAACUAAAACCCUUUCUGGAUCGACCCUUUCAAGAUCCUAAUGCUCCUGGAGCUUCUGGUAAAGGAUUUAAAACCAUCAAUUUAAAUUCAGAAGAACAGAAAGAAAAACAGCAUGGAGAAGAAAAACAUUGUUUUAAUGCAUUUGCAAGUGAUAGGAUUUCUUUACACCGAGAUCUUGGACCAGAUACUCGACCUCCUGAAUGUAUUGAACAAAAGUUUAAGCGUUGCCCGCCAUUGCCAACCACAAGUGUUAUAAUAGUUUUUCAUAAUGAAGCCUGGUCCACUCUGCUCAGAACUGUUCACAGUGUGAUGUAUACAUCUCCUGCAAUACUGCUAAAGGAAAUUAUUUUGGUGGACGAUGCCAGUGUAGAUGAAUAUUUGCAUGAUAAACUAGAUGAAUAUGUGAAACAAUUUCGAAUAGUUAAAGUAGUCCGUCAAAAGGAAAGAAAAGGUCUAAUCACAGCACGAUUGUUGGGAGCUUCAGUAGCAACAGGAGAGACCCUUACCUUUCUGGAUGCUCAUUGUGAAUGCUUUUACGGCUGGUUAGAGCCGUUAUUGGCAAGAAUAGCUGAGAACCCUGUUGCUGUUGUAAGCCCUGAUAUUGCUUCUAUAGAUCUCAAUACUUUUGAAUUCAAUAAACCAUCUCCUUACGUGCAUAGCCACAACAGAGGAAAUUUUGAUUGGAGUUUGUCAUUUGGAUGGGAAUCUAUUCCUGAAGAUGAAAAUAAAAGAAGAAAAGAUGAAACCUAUCCCAUUAGAACACCUACUUUUGCUGGAGGUCUCUUUUCAAUAUCAAAAGACUACUUUGAACACAUUGGAGGCUAUGAUGAAGAAAUGGAAAUAUGGGGAGGUGAAAAUAUAGAAAUGUCUUUCAGAGUAUGGCAAUGUGGUGGACAGUUGGAGAUCAUGCCUUGCUCUGUUGUUGGCCAUGUCUUUCGCAGCAAGAGUCCCCAUACUUUCCCAAAAGGUACUCAAGUGAUCACACGUAAUCAAGUCCGCCUUGCAGAAGUGUGGAUGGAUGAAUAUAAAGAAAUAUUUUACCGAAGAAACACAGAGGCAGCAAAAAUUGUGAAACAAAAAACUUUUGGAGACAUCUCAAAAAGACUUGACUUAAGGCAGCGUCUGCAGUGUAAAAAUUUUACCUGGUAUCUCAGAAAUGUUUAUCCAGAAGCAUAUGUGCCAGACCUAAAUCCUUUGUUUUUUGGAUACUUAAAAAAUACAGGUAAUCGCAUGUGUCUGGAUGUUGGUGAACAUAACCAUGGUGGCAAACCGUUGAUUAUGUAUUCUUGUCAUGGACUUGGAGGAAAUCAGUACUUUGAAUAUUCUGCACGCCAUGAAAUUCGACAUAACAUUCAGAAGGAGCUUUGUCUGCAUGCUUCUAAAGGACCUGUGCAGCUUCGCGAAUGUAACUACAAAGGCCAGAAAACCUUUGCUGUUGGGGAAGAGCAAUGGCUGCAUCAAAAGGAUCAAACUCUGUACAAUGCAGCACUACAUAUGUGCCUUACAGGAAAUGGAGAGCAUCCAAGUUUGGCAUCCUGUAAUCCAUCAGACCCCUUCCAGAAGUGGAUCUUUGGCCAGAACAAUUAAGAUUUGAUAUUUAUAGGCCAGGAUCAUUUUAUUAAAAGAAAAGAUGUAUUCUAAACUGUGAUGAUAUAUAUAUACUGCAUUUUUAAGUGAUGCAUACUUUAAAUGCAAAAUGUUUAAACAGUUUCCUUUCCCUCUUAUUUAAGUUGGAUAUAAAAUACGUUGUCAGAGAUUCCCUAGGAGUCUGUUAUACCAAAGAUGAUUGAGAUCCCAAUGUUUACAAUAUCUCUGUGAUAAGACUUCAUAUGUUGAUCACUGAUUCAUGGUUCCUCUUAGUCCUUUUUCACCUUGGGGACCAUAUUUAUAGGUUUUCCAUAUAUUGUAAGAACUUCUGAAGAAGACUAGUUUUCUCUGUAGAGUUAUGAGACAUUAUUGUAUACAGUCUAAAAACCAAGACACUUUAUGUUUAUAUUUUUGUGCUCAAUUGGUUGACUUCAUAUUUUUUUUUUAAUCAUUUACUUUACUCAGUGAAACUUCCUCAGUAUUUUUUAAGUUGCUUCACUUGAAAAAUUAAAUAUUUGACCUUCAGGUUAAAGCCAAAUAGGCUACCACACUGUGCUCAGCUUCUAGCAAGCCAGUUCUUUUGUAGAAGAAAAAAAUAAUUCUCACUGAAAUAUGUAUGUAUGAUUGUUUUAAUGCAAAAUCACUUUUUUCUGAUAUUAAUCUUUUUUUUAGCCAAAAAUUUUUGUAUAGGUUUUUUAUAUUUCAUGAAAUUUAAACUUUAUGACAAAGUUACAUUGUAAUACAUUUCCGAGCUGUGUAACAUUAACAUUUUUUUCAGCAUUUUGUUCGUUAUUGCUUUAAAUUACAUGUUAUCUACUAAACCCACUUUUUUUCUAGCUUUUAGUGAUUUAUGCAACAUUUCCCGACAGAUUUAUAAUGUGAUCUGUACAUAAUUUCUCGUGUGAACACUUGCACAUUGAUCUUUAUUUUUUCCUUCUUGUUGCUGUUUCCCCUUUUACAAAGUACUGACCUAAGUUUUAUCAGUCCAAGCGAGACUGUGGCCUUCCUAAAUAUUCUGCUAGCUCCUCUCCUGAAAUACUGUAUUCUUGUAAGCAUCCACAAGUAUGCUUUGAUGGAUCAUGUAGAGCUAUGACUUCAUAAAUAGACUUCCUUUGAUUAAGUUUUUGAAAACCCCAAACAAACAAACUGCUUAUUUUACUGGAUGCAUAGUUGUUAAAAACAUUCCAGUUAGUCUUCCAUUGCAGUCACCAAUCAUGCCCGUUUUCUGACUGUGAUUAUUUCAGGACUUCUUUAAUGAAGGCAACUCUUUUGCACAAGAAAUGUGCUCUUUACGAACAGAGAGGUACACUUACUUGAAAACGUUUACUUCAGGGUAUGAAUGUGAGAUUAAUGGGCAUCUCACCCUCAAAGAAUCUAAGGUCACAUAAAAUUGCACUUUAUUAUGAAAUAGAGUUUACCUUAUUAAAGUUUUGUAUUGUGAUUUGGAGAAGACUUAAUUGGUUUAUGCAAAUUACAGAAACUUAAAAAUAACCUUAAAUUUGCCUGUGCUAUGAUAUGGAGGACAAUUACUAUGAAAUUAAAAUAAUAAACUUCUAGGAAGGGAAGGAAGCAGCAGAAUAAAGACAAGGAAAAGACUGUUGUCUAGAAGUGCCAGUAUUGUUAUUAACUAGGGGUGGGAAACAUCAACAGUUAAAAGGUACUUUGCAGCUUGUUGAAAGAAUUGUAUUGAACAUCUACAGUAUCUGUUCAAAUGGAAGAAAACAGGAGGUGUAAUAGCAACCAGCUUAAUAAUGAACUCUUUAAUGAUCUGAAUCUCAAGAAAGGUGCACAUAACAGUGGAAAGUUGAGCAGCAAGAUCAAGCCUAGUUAGAUGCAGCUAGUAAUGGUAUUUUAGGAAAUGCUUAAUAUUUCCUUUAAGCACUGUACUUCUAAGAGGAAGGACAUUAAGGAAAAAAGUCAUGGCUUCCAAAAGGAAAGAAAAUUUAAAUUUUUCAAGUGAAGACAAAGUAUUUGGCUGCAUGAUCAAUUAUAAAGCUGAGAAUAAAUUUAAAGGGGUGGGUAUUAAAGAUUGAAUAGAAAAAAUACACUAAUAUUAAAUUUGUC